AUGAUGUCUACAAUGACCCGACCCGAAGACACGGUCCGUGGCCCCCGGUCAUACCCAGACCCGGCCGAGGAAGAUGAAAAUGAGAAAGGACUACAUGACUCCCUGGUACCACCGCCGCUGUCCUACAAUGAAGGUUUUCCACGACUUGAAGGAGAUGGAUCAAGGCCAGGCACAGCCAUGGGUGACGCGCCUGGUAGUUCUGAGAAAUCAUCUGGCCCGAAACCGUUGACACAUGAGGACACUAUUGAGUUGGCAAAAAAGGCAGUGGAAAGUGGGAUCCAGGAUACAAAACGGUCGCUGGCAGGAAGCGAAGCUGUCACUGAUGUUGUGAAGCCCAAGUUGACUAUUGAUCUGGGCCAUUCACAUAUUGUGCGGAUACCAGAGCCUGUAGUGGAUAUAAUCAAAGACGAGGUGGAAAGACUUUCUCUUUCCAACAACCAUCUGUUUCACAUUCCUUAUCGCUUCGCCGAAUGUUGUCAUCUUCGGUACCUCAACAUCAGAGCUAAUAACUUCCGUGAAUUUCCCAAAGGAGUUUACAAAUUACCAUUGCUAGAGAUUCUUGAUCUUAGUCGAAACAAAAUCGGCUUGUUACCUGACGAGAUUGGCAAAUUGAAAUCAUUACGAGUGCUUUCGGUCAUGCAGAACCGGCUUGACGACCUGCCAGCGGGUUUGUCAGAUAUGAAUAAGCUGCAGGUUCUCAAAGUUGCAGGAAACCCUCUACGCUCCCCGCUUCGACGCGUCCUGGAGGGAUUGGAAGCGGAAAUGGCCCCAUCAGCAAUGUCCGAUAACGAGAAAGAGGUUGCCAUAACCGCAGAGCUAAAAAGGUUCCUCAAAACCCGACAGUCAGCGAGUACUCCGGAGCCAGAGCUUGGUGCAGAUGCAGGCGAGAGCUUAUCAUUUGAAACACCAAGGCCGGCCCCAGUCAAACGUAAACUAAGCAGCCGAUUUCCUGUUAUUCCAAGCACUGGUGAUGGCUCAGCAUCAUCUUCCCGAUCUCCAUCCAUCUCCCGGGGGCCAGGACUGCCGGGUAAAACUCAUUAUCGCAUGGCAUCGGGCCAACAAAGUGGCACAUACCAUAUGGAGAGUCUCCGAAGACCUGGCGUGACGCCCCACGCUGUUAGUGAGCGCAUACGAAGUAACAGUGAAGGUAUCAUUCAGGCAUCCUUCGCAGCUCGCAGCAAGCGCAUGGGGGUUAUCACUCGCAAGAACACGGACUUGGGGACCUUGGAUGAGACACGGCCUUACCGAAACAGCCAUUUGCGAGGUCUCAGCCAUGGCUCUGUCCUUCGAACACGCCCGGCAGGACCGACCACUGCAAGUGAUAGUAGCUCCUCGAGCCCUAGCAGCCCUGGAGACCAUCGACGCCCGCGAGAUGGCUGGGUUAACCGCAUGUCGAGUCUUCCCGAGCACAAGGCAGAAAGAGCGUCGACCGAGCCAGUUAUCGAGAGCGCCAAGGGAAUCUUGUUCUCUCUUUUCCAAGUGCAUUCCCACAUAUCUACACUGAUCAACGUCAUCCAGCGCGAUGACACGCGACGUCACAGCCUAGAACUUGUGUUCUAUAAUGCUUCAAGUCAUGUUGAACGACUCAACGAAGCUCUUGAGAAUGCAGAGAAAUCUCCUACUGAUGAGUCAGAUUCGGCUCGGGUACUUAAUGACAGCGUGAAGCGAGAGUGUGAAACAUGCAUCAUGGCAUACACACAUGUGGGCACGCAGCUUCGAAAUAGUGCUGCCAAAAUUGUCUCCAAUGGUGACUCACGAUACGUGCGUUCACUAAUGUUGAUGAUGUUUGGUGGGCUGGUGGAGUUGCGAAAUGCCUGCGCCAGCCUCCAUGUUUCGCUCCGCCCGAUUCAAAAACGGCGGACUUCGGCGCCCAAGCCAAUCAUCCCUGAAGUAAGCAAAGGGCCUCUGGCUUCAGACCGGCCAUUGCGUCCUUUGGUCACUCCCCCGCGAGAUACCGCAGCACCUACACGACGAUUACGCAGCGAUACCACCAUCCGACACCCUCAAGUUCCUGUUCCACUCAUGAACCAGACAGCAGCUACUGGCUCACCUGGUUUUGCAACACCGGCCUUCAAUUACGCGCGCAGUAGAUCUAGCAGCAGGACAAACUUGAUAAAUACUUCCAUGCCUACAUCAUUGGCUACGCCUCGCUCUGGAGAGUCAUUCCCUCCCAUGCCUAUGGGCAAUGGCCCUCGAAUAAACCCACUAACUGGAUUGGAUGAGAUCGAGGAAGAACGGCUCUUUGAGAAGAUAUUCUAUCAGCUUACCUCCGCAUACAGUGCGGCACUUCAAGCACUCCCAUUGGCGCGACGGCAGUUAUCCCGAUGCCUUGAAGUGGCCGAACAAUCCCGAGAGGCCGAGGGGAUUCAAAUGCUUUGGAGUAACCUUAUCCGCCGGUGCCGAAGCUGUUUCGAGGUAUCUGAAGCGCUGGGCAUGCGCCUUUCCACCAUGAAAGUCAAAGAGCCAAAUGGCGGACUACGGAACCAGCGCGAGUUCUGGCAGCUGUGCAAGAGUUUCAUGCAGUCGUUCGUGGACCUUAUAACAGACAUGCGAGAGGUGCGCAGCAUGAACCUUCUCCCCCAGGAUAUCAUCAUCGUCCUACGACCAGUCCAAAAGGCUAGCCGGGAAGCCGGUCGUCUGAUCGAAGCAUCUCCCUGGUCCUUCCUCGCAGACCCAGCGACCAACGCGCCAAAUAACCUCUACGGCCCGCCGUUGCAACCCCCACACGCCCAACAUCAAACCUCCGUCUCGACCUCUGCUCUCGCCUCCCACUCCCAUUACCCGGCCACGGGCAUGUCCCCUCAUUCCGUCACUGUUCCUUCCACCCCCCUCAGUGCAGCCCUCGGUCCCGCAGCACAAGCUACUGUCCCUUCUACCCCGGCUAGUGCAUACAGCGACAAGUUCUUCGAAGGCGAUGUCUUCCAACGUGCUGACUCGCUCCUUUCGAUGCAAAACCAAGGUCCAUAUUAUGCUCGUCGUUAG